GAGAUGUUUUAAAGACGUCUAUGGACUUUCGUAUACGUCUAUCUACAUUGUCUACCUAACAUUACAAUCCUACGGGCACAUUAACGGAGCAAAACAUGAUACAAGAAUGCCAAAAAUGCCAAAAUGCAAAACGUACAACACCGGGGAUUCGCUGGUCGUCACCGACCCAACUACUGGUCCGGCGGUAUCCGGUUUAUCGCGGGGAGAGCGGACGGGAUCCCGAGUUCUCCAGAUCCUAUGGUCGUACGUGAUGGUUUGUGGUGUUUUUGAGGGUUAUAUUCCUUUGCCAAAGAUGAGGGAAGGCCAAGUCACCAAGAUCGAGACCCACCAAUUCUCCCGCCCCCUGAGCAACUCACAUCGGCACUGUUCAAAUUCACAAAACACUGCAAUGAUAAAUCAAUGUUUGUCCUCGAAGAAUCUAUGUCCUUUUGAAUAAAAUUACAAAUGCGCAAAGGUAUAUAUAUAUACAAGAAGAUAACGCUGUGCGUUUCGCGACGGCCUCAAAGCAAGCUGCUGGGUUUGUUCGCCUGUGGUAUCUCGCUCUAUCUAACUAUGCCGUCUAUCCCUCGUGGGAAAAAGAGAGAAACAAAAUACCCUCCCUUCCCUUCCCUUCCAUCCAUCAUCAUAUCUUAUACAUACA